ACGGUCAAACAUGACCUGACGACCAGCGUCAGCAGCGUCAAGAUGCCCAGCGACGAAGAGGACGCGGUGGCCGAUCACAGCCAGAGAAAGAUCAGCGUGGGACAUCGGCGACAGUACGUCGAUUGUCCGAUCAGUGCUCGGAGGUUGUGCGACGUGGACGUUGCCGACGUUCAAACGGAUUACAAGCAAACGUUGAGCAGAAAGUGCCAAACUCGGCUGGAAGUGAAAGAGGUGCCCGCGCAAACGGUGAGCAGAUGCGAGCUAUGCAAACGAGCUAUAGAACUCUCGGCAAGUCCCUCGAUCGUGGCCCCUCAGUCUACGAUUCAACAGUUGCCUUGUCCUGCGUUUGUGCAGCUCCUUCGAGGCUCGACGUGCUGUCCAGGGAAGAAAGACGAGUCGGAACAAACGAGGAGGACGGGGACCAACGCGGUGCGAAUCGACAAAAAGCCGAAGAAGACGAGAACAGCGAGCAACGAUACGAGGAAGAUGAAAUCUCCGGACAAAGUGGAGAAGCCUUUCAAGGAAGAGAAUUCCGAUACCGAGAGGUCGUUGUACGAAACCUCGAAAUGUCCUUUGUACAAAUCGUCGGACAGUGUCGAAGAGUUAACAGGGAAAACGACAGAUCGUUUGGAAGAAAUCGAGGCAACGAAAUCGGAGGGAUCGGAGGGAUCGAGCGUGAGCGAAGGUGAAGGCGACAAUAAGAUUGCAGGAAACACAGACGACAAACAGCAGAGGACAGAAACGACUGCUGGCAAAGAAAGUGAGAGGACCGCUGCAGAUUUCAUCGCCGAAAUGAAUACGAUGAUGCACGAAGAAAGUGAAAAGACAUUGAAAGGAAACGCGGAGGACAGUGACGUUUCCGACGAUGAAUCGGAGAAAUGCGGCAAAUCGACGGUGGAACAUUCGUUCAGCGAAAUUGACGGCGGCACUAUCUGUCAAAUGGAAACACAGACGUGCCUGUGUCGUCGAGUUUGAAUCAGUAUUACACUGUCCACAGAGACAAGAAAGGACGAUUCUACUGUGGAUAUUGCGCGACUCCGAGUUUGACUACCAAAGUACUAAUCAGUGCAUACAUAUUUCGUACUGAAUGCCGCAUAAUGCAACAUUGUUCUUUCAGAUGUUAUAUAAAAAUGAUCAGAAGCGUUUGAAGUGUGCCAGAUGUGGCAGCUACCUACGCCCGAAGAACACUGAAGUAAGAAGUUUAGUUCCCAUUCCCAUUUAGUGAGUUGCACUACUUGCUUCUCAUUCUGAUUUUCAGAGAACUAGAAAUAAGUCUGACAAUUGUCCACACUGUGGUCAAGCGUUUACGCCUGCACAGUGA